AUGCAUUCAAUUAAUGUGCAAUCUCAUAAAUAUGCGAGCAUGAAGAGAUUAACUAAAAAUAAUGAUGCUUUUAAAAUGGUUGUUGUCAUCAAAGAUGCUUUAAAGAUGAAACAAAAUCAAGCAUCUAAGUGUUGUUUUGUAAUUAAAAAAGUAGAGAAGAAAAAGAAGAAGACGAGAAGUUUAAUUUUAUUACCGUCCGAGAAUGUUACGAUGCAAUAA